AAAUAUUACCUAUAUUUUUUUAGUGCUUCUUUUUAGAGACCUAGAAUAUGUUGGAUCCUUGCAAAGAAAGAGAACCAAGAGUAAUAACAAACGCUCUUAUAGAGAAAUGUAUCGAUUUGCAGUAUCCAAAAGGGGAGGUUGGCAGACUCCUACGCCUGGAGGGCAUCCCCAUGGAAGAAGUGAAAGAGAUAAGGUUCGAGCAUUUGUACAUUUUGAAGAUAGAUCACCUCUGGGUAUUAAGAUCGCUAGUGAAGCUCAGUCUCAAUAGCAAUUUGAUAGAGAAAAUCGAAGGAUUGGAGACACUGAUACAUUUAAAAGAAUUAGACUUGUCAUUUAACAAAAUCCAAAAAAUCGAAAACUUGGAAACGCUAACAAACUUAGAAAAAAUAUCGUUUUACGAAAAUUUAAUAGAAACAAUAGAUAAUUUGGAUAAUCAGCAAAAGAUGACGGUCUUUAGCAUAGGGAAAAAUAAGAUAGACGACCAUUCUAACGUUAACUACUUUAGAAAAUUUAAAGCUUUGACGUCAUUAAAUAUGGCUGAAAACCCUUGUUCGGAAGAGGAAUAUUUUAGGUAUUAUGUGGCGGCGUUUUUGCCAAAUUUGGUAUAUUAUGAAUAUAAGAGAAUCGACGAGAAGGAACGGGGAAAAGGAAGCGAAUUAUUCCGCGACGAAUUGCGGACAUUGGAGCGGAAGGAGGAAAAGGAACGGAUAGAGAAUGAGCAGAUAGAGAAAGAAGCGCAGGAUGCCAAGAGCCACUCGAAAAUGUUCGUCGAACAUCUGCAGACCGGCAAGCUGUUUGAUAUAAUGUACACAAACGAUGAAGAAGGUAAGACGCUCCUAGAACUAGGGGAAGAGGUUAGGGAGCUACACGCUGAAUAUAAAAAUCAAUUCGUCGAGCACUGCAAGGAAGUAUUCGACAUCGGCGAGAAGCAUUACUACGAAAGACAAACGGAACUGGACAAUUUUACCAGGAGCUCUGAAAAUGCCAAACUGGAAAAUCAGCUAGAGAGUAUUGGACACAUCGAAAACUUCUUAGAGAAUAAAAAUGCUAUGUUCAAGAACAUUAAAAACUUGCAACAGCAACUAGAUCAUGACGUAAUCGACGAAGACCAAUUUAUGGCAGCAAUGGUAGAUCGUCGACAAGAUUUUGAGCAGAUGAUACACAAGACAUGGAAAAACUUAAUGGAGUUAGAACUUCAAAUAUUCGAGCAGAUUGAAGAGGUCAAUCAAACUAUUGAACGUGUUCUAUCAGAAAUGUUAAAUACCUUCAAAGAGGAAGUACAGGCAGUUUUUACAAAUAUCAGAGCGGCUGAAGUGGCGUAUUCAGAAAACUUGAACGAAGCAGGCAUUCAAUUCUUGACAAACAUGGCAACAAUGACCGAUGUCGAAGAAAUACCUAAAGAACUGAAGGAAAUGGUUUAUGACAGGGAUUCGCUGAACAAUGCAAUAGUAGCUACACAUGAUGUCCAUAUGCAGGCAAUCGACUCUAGAGAAGAUUUACUGAAUCUCAGAUGCAAAGCAUGGAUCGAAGACCUAGUCGACAGAAUGAAAAAUGAGGAAAUACACAGAAACCGAUACAAACUUCUGGAAAUCAACCAUUUUCUCGAUAUUCAACAAGAAGAAUUUAACGAAAUAACUUCUCUUCCUGAACAGAUUGUUCGUGACGAGGACGAGUUGUAAUUU